AUGUCUAGUAGCAAAGACAAGCCUCAACCAGAAAGAAAUGAGUAUGGCAGAAGAAUUAUCACCCUGCCUUAUAUAAAAAGACUUUGCAUAUACCAAGGCCUUUAUGAAAAUCCUCAGCUUAAUGCCUAUCUUUAUCUCCACUUUUUAGGGAUCUCUGAAAUUCAAAACCUAGAUGAGUAUACAAAUUUAUAUGCAUUGUGGCUUGAAAAUAAUUUAAUAGAAAAAAUUGAUGGCCUAAGCAACCUCAAAACACUGCGAUGCCUUUAUCUCCAAAACAACAACAUCAAUAAAAUAGAGAAUUUGGAUCAGCUGACUGAACUGAGGACUCUCAAUCUGUCACAUAAUCGUAUUGAAAAGAUUGAAAAUUUAUCAGCCUUAACGUCUCUUUCUGACUUAGACUUAUCUCACAAUAGAAUAUCAAGCACAGAAAACCUUAAAGGUCUAACUCAAGUUCCUUCUUUAACAUCAAUAGAUUUAAGCUUUAACAAUAUUUGUGACGUUGAAGAAUUUUUCACUGUUUUUACCUCUCUGAGCAAUCUCGGAUGUUUAUAUUUAAAAAACAAUAACUGUAUCAGAUAUAUACCAAAUUACCGAAAAACUUUAAUUGCAAGGAUUCCGUCAUUGAAACAUCUCGAUGAAAAGCCAGUAUUUGAGGUUGAACGAUUAGGCUCUGAAGCAUGGUUUACAGAUGGAAGAGAAGCUGAAAUGCAAGUAAGAAAAAAAUAUUACGAUAAUCAAGACGCUGAAAGACUAUACUAUUUAUAUUAAAUAUUAUAAAUCCAAUGAAAAUAAAUCUUGCAGGGGAUUUUCAAUCAGAAAAGAAUAAAACACUUCAUGGAUUAUUCCCGACUUGAAAUUGAAGGCAUUCAAAAAAAAGAAGCAUUAAGAAAAAAACUUGAAGAAGAAAGGAAAGUCCAACAGAGGUCAUUAGAAGAAUUAAAAAAACAAAUUUUAGCUAACCAAGAAGAAGGCUUUGAACUAGUCUUAGAAGAAUUAGAAAAAAAAUCAAAAGAACUCUCUGAGCCUAUUGAUGAAAAAUUAUUACUGAUUUAUGGAAUAAAAGAAGGAAAAUGCACCUAUAAAACUGGAGAACUAGACAAGUACGGGCACAUUAUCAUUGACGUACCAAACGACAAAGAAGUGCCAGAAAGCUAUGAAGAAGAGACCAUAAUGCUCCCACUUUCAGAGCUCCAAAUCUCUGAGCUUGAAUCAAAAUUAAUUGAAACCUGCUUCAAUUUUGACGAAGCCUAUGAAUUUUUCAAGUCAAAAUAUAUAUGCUCCUCUGAUGCCCUGAGACUGAAAUGGAGCGAUUAUGAAAUUUUUCUUCAAUCUAACCCUCUUGAUGAGCUUGAUUAA